AUCCUUUCCACGUCCGCCAUUUUGACAUACGGUACUUUUCGAGAGUGUUGGUUUUAUGUUUUCUCGUUUCUCGUGAAAAUAAUCUUUUUUACUGAAACGUAAGUAACGCAAGUGGCGUACAUGUGCAACGUGGCGUCAGCAGAGAACUCGAUAGUAAGAACGAGCCUCUGGCUGAUGGAUCUUUGAGCGGCGAACCUUUGACGAUUCGCUGGGGAGUAGGUCGAAGGUGACAGGCAACCGGUGUACGCGGUGUACGCAGUGGCUUCGCACGAACCGCACGAUAUCCUCCACCUCGUUCGCGCUCCAUCACGCUCCACUGGCCUUUUAAAUAGUACCAACACCCUUUAAAACCGCAUAGAUCGUCGGCAAAGCAGUAGCUGUAGCGAUCCCCGAGGGUCCUAACAUAUAAGUACCAACCAUGGGGAAUAUGUUUGCAACGUUAUUCAAGGGUCUCUUUGGUAAAAAGGAAAUGAGGAUUUUGAUGGUGGGUCUUGAUGCAGCGGGUAAAACCACAAUUCUGUACAAAUUAAAAUUAGGGGAAAUUGUUACCACAAUUCCCACUAUAGGUUUCAAUGUAGAAACAGUCGAGUAUAAAAAUAUAAGUUUCACUGUAUGGGAUGUGGGUGGCCAAGACAAAAUAAGACCUCUAUGGCGGCAUUAUUUUCAGAAUACACAAGGAUUGAUAUUCGUCGUCGAUAGUAAUGAUAGGGAACGUAUCGGUGAAGCACGCGAAGAGUUGAUGAGAAUGCUAGCGGAAGAUGAACUCAGAGAUGCGGUACUUCUCAUAUUUGCAAACAAGCAAGAUCUGCCAAAUGCAAUGAACGCAGCAGAGAUCACUGACAAGUUGGGAUUACAUUCUCUACGUAAUCGCAAUUGGUAUAUACAGGCGACGUGUGCCACGAGUGGAGACGGACUUUACGAGGGCCUCGAUUGGCUUUCCAAUCAGCUGAAAAAUGCCAACCGCUAAUUGGAAGAAUUACUCUGUCAACAUUCAGUUGCUAUUAACAUCAUACAACAAAAACAGCUGCACACCUCCUCCCCCCCUUUGCUGCGAACAUAAGAAACAAACGAUACAAACGUCGCAAGGUCUCUGAUCUUGAGUGAAAAAUAUAGAAGAGGAAUUAUUCCUGGGAGUUGUCUCUGUGUCGGUAGGUUUUUUUUUCGAGGGGGGGAGAGGAGCGAGAGAGCGGCCGCAGGCACACGAUCGAACGGCCACAUCGGACUAUUGCCUUGCGCAACUUAUUAUUAUAAUUAUUAUUAUUAUAUUAGCAUUAUAUAGUUACACUUUUUACACAGAGAGAUGCCACGGGAACGUGGAAAACUUGGAAGUAAUUAUAUUAAAGUACCUAACUCUGAAACAUACGAUACACAUUGAGUAAUUUAAACGAUACCUCUUCGAUGAGAAAAUUUGAGAACACACACGAGAAAAGAAAAGAAGGUCGAGUACCCAUGAUGUUGCCAGUUUUGAAUGCGUUGGACAUAAUGCGAUUAUCAUAAUGUAGCUGCAUAUUGUACAUUACAUUAUAUAAAUAUGAUAAAAAUGUGAUCAAUAGACGAGAGAAUGUUGCUCUGUCCACUACAUUUUCAAAAAUUGCUCUCGCUUCGGCCCAGCGCGAUUUACACGAAAAUGCAAACGGUGAUUGCAGCAGACGGUGCAAUGACUUAUCAUUUCCUAGUUACUAAAGUUUCUACUUUUUUUUUUUUUUUUUUUUAAGUUCUCGGCGCGAUAGAAAACUUGGGAAAAAAACGGAAGCUAUGAAAAAUUAUCUCGCUAGCUGGUGUUGCGAGCAGAUGCGCGCGUACCUUCUUCCCUCAUCUGCCCGCUCGCCCGCCUUCAAACUUACAGUUAUCCAAACACACGUAUGUCUCGCUAUAAAGGAGAAGCGAUUUAUUUAUUACACCUCGAUAAGGUACAGUAGAAUUAUAUCCUUGACAUUCCGAAAUUGUGCAGAGAACGUGAUGGAAAAUUCAAAGAUUCAAGAAAGAAAUUUAUAUAAGAGUUCAGACCUCGCGUAGCUGUUAAAUUGGUCAACUUUUGCUACUGUGGCGUUAUAUACGUCAGCGGUUUUGCGACCGUUUUUUGACGUCCCAACGUUUUUCCUGUCUUUGAAAUACAUUGUUUUUAUGAUA